AUGGAUACGAAGGAAAAGCUCGAUAUCGAAAAGUCAGCGAGCUCACGCGAAGCUCAGCCGGAGACAAUUGUGGGCGAGGUCAAAGACGUGUCAAACGCCGAUGCUGCCUUGGAAUUCCUGCGACAAUGCGGCGACGUCAACCCCAUGACUGAUGAAGAUGAGCGGAGACUCAAACGCAAGAUUGACUGGCGAAUCGUGCCGCUCAUGUUUGCAUGCUACAUCCUCCAGUAUCUCGACAAAACCUUGAUCAAUUAUGCCAACGUCAUGGGGCUCCAGAAGGAUACUGGCAUUUCUGGCGAUCAAUAUUCGCAACUCGCCAUGAUCUUCUAUGUUAGCUACCUUGCUUUCGAAUUCCCUCACGCUUGGGGAAUGCAGCACUACCCAACGGCAAAGUACAUUGGCAUCAUGGUCUGCCUAUGGGGAACGGUGCUGGCAGUUACAUCGGCCUGUCAUAACUGGGCCGGACUUGUCGUUACAAGAGUUCUUCUCGGCGUUUUCGAGAGUGCAGUUGCACCUUCAUUGAUCGUCAUCACAACCAUGUGGUACAAACGCCAGGAACAACCUCCUCGCAUGGGAAUUUGGUACCUUGGCACCGGCGGCGGCGUCAUAGUCGGUUCUCUCAUCUCGUUCGGCUUUCAACACUACGGUGGAUCUAGCUUCACUUCUUGGCAGAUCAUGUUUCUGAUAUGCGGUCUUGUCACUGUUGCCGUAGGUAUCACUGUCAUUGUUGUGCUCCCAGACAAUCCGAUGAACGCCAAAUUUCUAUCUUCUGAGGAAAAGGUCUGGGCUAUUGAGCGCCUAAGAGCCAACCAGACGGGCGUCGAAAACAAGCAGUUCAAGUGGCCGCAAUUCAUUGAAUGUUUUGCUGAUCCUCAGACAUACCUGCUUGCAAUGAUCACGAUCACGUCAAACGUGCCCAACGGGGCUGUGUCUUCAUUUCAAGCAACGAUCAUCAAAGGUUUCGGAUACACGUCCAAGGAAACCGCACUUUUAUCCAUUCCGUCUGGUGCCGUGAGCAUCGUCUCGAUCUUGGCUGCAACCAACGUUGCGGGGCGAUACAACCAACGUGCUCUGAACAUCAUUUGCCUCUUGAUACCUGGUGUCAUUGGAGCAGCCCUUAUGGCGGUUCUGCCGGCCGACAACAAAGCCGGAAAACUGAUUGGUAACUAUAUGACGAAUUGCAUUGGCGCGACCUUGCCAUUGCUGUAUUCGCUCGUCGGCGCGAACUAUGCUGGUCAUACGAAAAAGGUCACAAUGAAUGCCACUCUUCUAAUUUGCUUCUGCGUGGGCAACAUUAUCGGGCCAUUGACUUUUACCGCCGAGUCUGCACCUGAAUACAUCCCCGCCAAGACUGCUAUCAUUGUGACUUGCGGGCUGGCAAUGGUCUUCACCCUCAUGCUACACUUUUACUAUGUUUGGGAAAACAAGCGUCGCUACAAUCUCGUGCGGACCGGACAACUUGGCCAUAUCAAGGAUGUGGAGUUCAGCGAUAUGACGGAUCGCUUGAACAAGGAGUUUCGGUACACCCUGUGA